UGGGAGCAAACUUCUGGCUCUACCUAUGGUCUUCUCAAACCUCCUCCUCUCAACUUACAACGAGGGCUGGUGGGCGAAAAAAUGACACAGUUCUCUGACUUUCCUUGUUCCAGGCUCUUCAAUUGCCAACUGUUUCUUGCUGUUGGCUGAUUGUAAGCUAAGUCUGCAAAAGAGUUUAUGACCAUCCCUUCUGCAAAUUUUGUACCUUUUAUUUUGUUUCUGGGCCUUUUAUAACCUCAGCAAAAUUUGGGGCCAAAAAAAAUUCCCAUUUUAACAACCCAUCACACAGUUAUUCCUCCAAAGACUAGAUAUUUCCUAAGUAACAGACUUCCACUGUCUCUACCAUGUUCUCAGUCUUCAUGUAUGGGACUUAAAAGGAAUUAGAAAAUAUGUGCUAUUUACAUUUGAAAUGAAAUUAUUUCAUUUUACUUGGCUGUAACAGAAAUCAGUAUAGUGAAGCAGCUAUGAGUUGGGCUUUGGUAUCAGACAGCCAAGGUUCUAGUUCUGGCUCCAUGACUGUGACUCUUAUAAAUUGUGACCCUUGAGCAAGUAGAUUAACCAUCCUAUAAAAUGGUAAUAAUAAUGUCCUACCUCAUGUUGUUUUCAAAGAGGUUAAGAUUUAAAAUGUUAAUGUAUGUUAAUCAUAUUCAAGAAAUAAUAUCCAUUUUAUAAACCUCAUCCAGAAAAUUCUUCCCAAUUUAUCUAAAUAUGAUGCUGAUGCCAAAACUGGACAAAAAUAUUGCAAGGAAACUACGGACCAAUGGCCUUCAUGAAGAUAAACGCAAACAUUUCUCUAAAAUCUUCAGUAACUCAAAUCCAAAAAUAUUUAUAAAUAAUAAUAUGUCAUGAUCAAAUGAUGUUUAUGCAGGAGUCCACGUCGGUUUAACACUUGAAAUUCAGCCUACGAAGGUUUGCCACCGGAACACAGGUGUCGUAGAAAACACUGCUAAACUUAAACCAAAAUGGAAAAGGCAAAGCCUUAUAUCAACAUCGUCGUCAUUGGACACCCAGGUUCGGGCAAGUCUACCACUGCUGGUCAUCUGAUCUACAAAUGUGGUGGAAUCAACAAGAGAACUAUUGAAAAAUUUGGGAAGAAGGCUGCUGAGGUGAGAAAGGGCUCUCUCAAGUAUCCCUGGGUCUUUGAUAAACUGAAAGCUGAACAUAAACAUGGUGUCACCAUUGACAUCUCCCUGUGGAAAUUUGCGACCAGCAAUUAUUAUGUGACCAUCAUCGAUACCCCAGGACACAGAGAUUUUAUCAAAAAUACGAUUAUAGACACAUCUCAGGCUGACUGUGCUGUCCUGAUUGUCGCUGCUGGUGUUGGUGAAUUUGAAGCAAGUCUCUCCAAGAAUGGGCAGACCCCUGAGGCAUGCCUUCUGGCUUACACACUGGGUGUAAGACAACUCAUUGUUAGUGUUAACAAAAUGGAUUCUGCUGAGCCGCCCUACAGCCUGAAGAGAUAUGAGGAAAUCGUUAAGGCAGUCAGCGCCUACAUUAAGAAAAUUGGCUACCACCCCGACACAGUAGCAUUUGUGCCAAUUUCUGGUUGGAAUGGUGACAACAUGCUGGAGCUAAGCGCUAACAUGCCUUCGUUCAAGGGAUGGAAAGUCACCCGUAAAGAUGGCAAUGCCAGUGGAACCACGAUGCUUGAAGCUCUGGAUUGCAUUCUGCCAACAACUCAUCCAACUGACAAGCCUACCCCUCCAGGAUGUCUACAAAAUUGGUGGUAUCGGUACUGUUCCUGUGGGCCGCAUGGAGAUUGGUGUUCUUAAACCAGGCGUGGUAGUCACUUUUGCUCCAGUCAAUGUUAUAACUGAAGUGAAGUCUAUUGAAAUGCACCACGGGGGUGCCUGGGUGGCUCAGUCGGUUAAGCGCUGGACUUCAGCUCAGGUCGUGAUCUUGAGGU